AUUUAAUUUCUAAACAGAUGGCCAAUAUUGAGGAAGCAAGAGAACGAAAUAUUCGCUUUUAAUAUAAUCGGUCAAAAUAAUAUCAUCACUAUUCGUAAAACUUUUGAUAAGCCGCGGUUAGGGAUCCUUAAUACGAAUGGAGAGUGUUAUGGAUUCAUAUUUGUUGACUAUUUAUGGUCUUUGAGACAACUCAGAGAUACAAUUGAUGAUCAGCUCAAAGAGAUAGGUUUAAAGAAUAAGUUAAUAGAGUAUACAUUCAUUGAGAGAAAUGGAUGGCCAGUGGCUACUAACCAGGAGCCCAAGCUAUCAGUUUGGGAUAUUAUAGUUAAUCAAAACAUAUACAUCAGAAGCGGUUCCUUAAAACUUUCAAAUAUAGUCUCAAAUGGAGACAUGAAUAGACCCAUUGAUGAUAUGCCACAAUCAAAGCUUAUGGCAAUCAAUGGCAGUAAACCACAGGCCAAUGAAGACCCACAACAAGUUAGUUAUUAUACUACCGGUAUGAAUACAUUCAAAUCCGUGGAUUUGGUACAAACCGACUCAAUCGGAGUUAUUUCUCCCGAUAAGAACUCCAAAAACAAAUCAUUUAAAAAGGGUUUUAAUGUUAGUAUCAGACAAACACAGACACAAACUCUAGUGAAAAGUAAAGUGGUUCGGAUUAAAUCAAAGGAUUUACUAACACCUAGCAAGGGAUGGGUUAUGUUAUCCUAUUGUCGACAAGAAGCGGCUCAACACGCAAUUGAUUUAAAACAAAAAUUGAGACAAUUGGGAUUCAGUGUAUACUUGGAUGUACACGAAAUCCAAACGGGCAGUGAUUGGCAGGACUCACUCAAUGAAGCGGUCAGAGGAUGUAAAGUGUUUGUACCACUCGUGACCCCCAUACACCUGGCCACCGGAUUGUUUAGCCAUACAGUUCGCAACAACUCAGUUAAGGGUCCAACUGAGAAGAUUGAUUUGGUGAAGUCGUGGCACGAAAAGCAUAGGGAGUGGGUUUCACAACUCAUAUCAGAACAGAUUGAGAAGAAGAAAUUGUUUCAUUCCGAACAAAUCAAAGCACUUCCGGCACCACAAAGAGCACUGGAAAUGAUUGACGGACCCAAGGAGUCAGACAAGGAUCAAGAUAAGCCAUUGAUUGUAAUCGUCGCACAUCCCCAACAAAGCACUGUCGUCUCUCAGAUUAAAUCAUAUUUUUCUGAUGAAUACAACGUCUGGUGCUCUACUGAUCUCCCCGAUGGAAGUCUUAUUGAUGAAGAUUUGACUAACAAUUCUCCGCCUUUUACUCCAAAUCAUUUGGCGACCAUUGAUGAGGGAUCGGAGACUGAUGGCAAUGUCUUCACUGAUGGCAAUGAGUACAAAGAUCUUCAAAGUCUCGCUCGAAAUAUCAUAGAAACGAAGAGAAAUAACAAACAGCGCCCGAAAUCCCUGCCCCCCAAUGCGGACCUUACUAUCGAACCCAAGAAACCAUUAACUCGAAUGACAUCCCAAUCCAGUGAAACGAAUCAUUUAUCUUCACUAACACCUGAAAAAGUGGAUCGAAUGAAGACAUUUCAGGAACAGAUCAACUCUGCCGAAGUAGUCAUCAUAAUCUGCUCCGAAGCCUAUUAUAAGUCGAGAACAUCUCAACAACUGGUCUUUUAUUGUGAACACCGAAAGAAAAUGAUUUUAAUUCGUUGUGAUGUGAACUCCACUUCAGUCCCCCAAUGGUUCUCAAAUCUGGUUAAAGAGAACGGAACUCUUCACGUGAAUAAUCCGCGUUUCGAUGAAUUACUUAAAUCUCGAGUCAAGAGAACACUCGACCCGUCGAUCAAAGCACCAGAAGAUGACUUCGAGCAGAAAAUCCAAUACUUGAUCGGAUUCAUGAAGAAAAAUCUUCCAGUACUUGAAACUUGUGUUUAUGUAGUGGGAAGUACAAAACUACAGAACCCUCGCUCUGAAGAAAUAUGUCAGGCUCUGGGCGUAGAGUUGGCUAAAGUGAAGAAUGUGAAUGUAAUGACGAGUGGUUUCUAUGGGGCCGGAGAUCUAGUGGCCAAGUCUUUCCAUGAGUCCCGACUGAACGCCUGUCAAACACAACUCAUUUGUAAAACCAAUGAAAAUACGCCCAACUCUUUCGAGUCAUCAGUUGUACACAUCGUUCCCGAAAAGGAUUCAGAAGAUUUCAGCAGUAAGUGUCGACAAAAUAGUGACGGCUCUUUUGAAGCGGUUCCUUAUGGACAGACUAUUUUUUUGGGGCAAUCCAUUCGAGAGCGGGAAAGUUCAGUGGCCAGGCUGUUGGAUACAUGUAUAAUAAUAGAAGGGGGACCAGGUAUAAUAAUAGAAGGGGGACCAGGCGCUGCACAUGAAGCCGAAGAAUUCAUAUGGAAUGACCACUUUGUUAUACCCAUUAUAUCAUCGGGAGGUGCGGCCGGUGGUCAGUAUAACGUUCCCAGUAAAAUAUUUGACUGUCCAAACGGCGUGUCAGAGUCGGACUGGGCUAUGCUGUCGGCGCCCUUAGCAACACCAGUGGAUGUGGCGAAAGCUGUGGUUCGGAUAGUCGUGGGCCUCAAAGAAGCACUCGCUUCCAUAGCACUGAGCAGACAUCAGGUGGUGAUGAUGAAGGCUAAGUCAAAGCUCAUGAGGACGCGAUCGGGAAAGAAGAAAUUGGCCGAAAGGAGGAAAAUGAAGAUCACUUCCAUCAACGCAUCCAACAGUGCGCUCAACGCUGCCGACAACGAUCCCAACUCUCCCGAGAAGGUGUUGCCUGUGAUCGACACCAUCAUCGAGAACCAGACCAACAGUGAAAACAAAUCGAGUAAAUGGAAACGAAUGCAAGACUUUAUGACUUUCACGCGAAAGAAGUGCUAAAUUUUUAUAUUAUUUUUAUUACCAUUUGUUAAAAUUUUAUAAAAACAAAUACUGUACUGUAAAAGGCACUUACAGUAAUACUAUAUUAAAUUAAAACUAUAUUUAUUUUACACUACAAUUAAUUUUAUAAAACUUAAUAAUAAUACAGAUUCAAGUCAUAGAAUUUUCCAAAAAUGUCACAUUUUUCAGAUCA